CGCUUGCCAGGGCGCCCGCCCGGGGAGGAUGAGGCCCUCCUGGCCGGGGCUGCGGCGCGCGCUGCAGCUCACCCUGGCCAUCGCCAAGCCCGACGCGGUGGCGCACCCGCUCGUCCUGGAGGCAGUGCACAAAACCAUUCUGAACCACAAGUUCUUGAUCGUGCGGACAAAGGACCUGCUCUGGAGUAGGGGGGAUAGCCAGCGGUUCUACCAGGAGCACUCAGGGCGCUUUUUCUACCAGAGGCUGGUGGAGUUCAUGUCCAGUGGCCCCAUGAGGGUUUAUAUCCUGGCUCACGAGGAAGCCGUCGCACACUGGAGAUCGCUGAUGGGACCCACCAAGGUGUAUCGUGCCCGGCACACAGCCCCGGAAUCCAUCCGUGGGACUUUGGGCCUCACCGACACCCGGAACACUGUCCAUGGCUCAGACUCUGCAGCCUCAGCCAGCAAGGAAAUCGCUUUCUUCUUCCCAGAAUUCUGCGAAGAGCAGUGGUACCGGCGGGAGGAGCCACAGCUACGAGGAGCGCCAGCUUGCCCUGUGCCUCGCGUGGUCGUCCCUCGCAGCCCUGGGGACAGCUGGACGGAGCAGGGCUAGCCAGCUCCGACUUUGUCCCACGGAUGUCCCCCGGGGCUCGGCCGUGUCCGGCAGGGCAGUCCUCGUUACCUGAGAAUUUAUUAGAGCGUGUGGGCUUUGCCGUCAGAAGAUGCCCUCUUCUUGUGCCAGCGAUUGGGCACGCUCAUGUCCACGUGCCACGUGUGACCUUCGCCGAUGCUCACUUCCCCCACGUGUUUCAGGCGAGGGCAGGGUUUGCAGGCCGGGGGGCAGUCUGCGUUGGGCCUCCUGAAGCGCUCGGGCCCAAGGGUGCCCAGAAAGGGGGACCCUGCCCACGACAGACCCGCCCCCAUCCGGGAAUUGACUUAGUUUACUGGCUUCUGGAGAGAGCCUUUCCCUUUGCAGACUGACGCACUGAACCCGGUUCUGGGGCUGAAGCUGGGCACAGGCUUGCCCCAGGCAGGUAUGAGAUGAAGGGCUCCCCCCACCUUGUGCUUGGGACCCACAGCCUCUCGCAGGUGACGUGGAAGUGGGAUGGAGCCCGCUGCAAAUGCAGCUGGAAACAUUCUCAUUUUGGUCCACGUGCUUCUCAUCGUAGCCGCCCGCUCUUCGGUAUCCGGACCCCAUCGAGGCGCCUCCCUUACCUGCCUCGGUAAUCCUUUUCCAAACGUAUUUGAACAUCCUUCCGUGUUUUCCAGCCUCUCCCCUGGACUCUGAGUGGCACAGAGAAUUGAAAAGGUGAAAUCUCUUGCUCCGCUGGCAUCGUUCUCUUACCGCGUCUUCCGCCUUUGUGUUCCUGGUGCAGCAUUAAGGCCUUCCUAGUUGCCACACUCCCUCGCAGAUGCAGGGCCAGGUCCUUUGGGCUCUCUAGGUCUGGCUGGACUGAAGUUUUCGUUGUUCAUCGCUAUUGCCGUUGCUGCAGGGGGCUUCUGGGGGUUGUAGUUCAGCCCCGUGUCGAGAGUCACAAGGCCACCAUCUCUGCACCCCAGAAAAACAGGAGCCAGACUGAAGAAUGGAAGACUUUUCUGGGAUCAUACCAGACCCAGGCUCGCUCUCUCCUCCCGCCUGUCUCGUGCAGUGACUGCCCCUGCAAGGUCAGCUUCAGCAGGGGUCGAAAGAUCCAGCCCCCAUAUUUGCAGGACACGCAAGCCUGAAUUAGUUUUAUCUUGGCCUGCGUGUCGGGCAAACCCGGCCUGGUUGGUCAGCGUAGGGCUCAGUGGACUGCGUGAACUUGGAAAGCAGGUUACUUCUCUUACCAGGUAAACUGUGUUGUGUGAACACAGCCAUGAAAUCUUUGGCAGCGUCACAAUUGUGUGGCCAGUCUUGGUUUGGGAAUGUGGCUGAAGGGGCUGUGGAGCUGGACGUUGAUGAGGCCUCUCACCACCUGUGUGCCCCCCUCUCUUAGGUUGACCAUCCUGGUUCUCGCCCGGCUCAUGCAGCUGUUCCGGGGGGAACAAGAGAACGGAUGCCUCAAACCCUUUGUAUAGCUGGAUCCAGUGCAGAGGCCUUAGGACAGUGUUUCUCAGCCUUGGCCCCCGGAAGAUGUGUGGCUGCUGGCUGGGGAAUUCUGGGCGUUGAAGUCCACACAUCUUCCGGGUGCCAAGGUUGAGAGAUUCUGCCCUAGAAUCUGGGUUGUCCCAAAAAGGAGGCCAGAAAGUCCCCUCCUUGUGAUCCUCCAAGCAACAUCCUGUCCUUUGGAGAGCUUGGAGUUUGGCCCCUUAUUUUAUAUCUCCCUUUUUUUUGUACGUGUUGAACCCUAGAAAGUUGCUUUUUUCCAAAAAGUGAACAAACCUCAGGGAAGAAUUCACCUGUUCUGGCCUUGACAUUCCCCCUCCCCCCGCCAGUAAAGAUGUAUGACCAGGAUGAGCCCUUUACAGCUGAAAAGGCGGUAAAGAGUUUGCACCCUGAAAAUCAACACAUUAAUUGCAAGGUUUAUGAGUCUGCCUCAUGCCAGCCUUAUGGACUCUGCUGCCUUUUAGAGCCGGAGGUCCAAUAUGGCGCUUGUUUAAUCAGUGGAAGGGCAAUAUCCGCUCUGCGCUGGCCUUCAAGCGGUGGGGCCAAGGCUGGCCCUAGCCUCCCUGUGUCUCCAGACACGAGGGGUUACCCUCCAAAGACAGUGAAGUAGACUCACCUAGAAGUUAUAUCACAGACGAAUCAACAAGGAGUUUUGCUGUGUUAAUUGCAUUAAUCCCCACCUUGGGUAGGAUUUGUCCAAACUUACUUAUCCCAUUGUUAAAUAAGAUAAAAGGUGCCAUGGAAUCUUGAGGGUGACAAAGCAUUAGCAAACUGUCAACGGAAUUGUAAGAUGCGACAGGGGCAUCUGCCGGGGGAAUUAAGAAAUGCCCAGAUGGCCAUCAGGACCGCCCAGUCAAUUCCCCACCUGUUUUUUUUUUUUUAAUCAUGCAGGGGAUGGGGCUUCAGUUUUGUGUUUGAAGCCUCCAUCUUGAUUUUUUGAAACACCCCCACCCCCCAAAGUGCAGAGAAGGGUUCCUUUUGUGAAUAGAAGCCCUUCCCAAGUUGGAGGAAGGAAAAGAUGCCAUUCCUGGGUAAGAUGAACCAAAGUAAUGUGAUUUUUACAGAAGGUCACUAACUGACAUACCAAUGAACUAUUUUUUUCUGGAUAAGGCUGGAAAGCAUUAUUGAAGGUAAAUAGCAGAGGUAAGAAAUUAUCUAACUAUUGUUUAUCAUGUUUAAUUAUAAGAUUACACCUUCUAAUUAUACAAUAGAAGUUGUAAUCUUAUAAUUAAGAUUCUAUAGUUAAUUUGUAGUUGAGGUGGUUGGUACCAGUUUAUGAAGGGGAUCAAAGCAAAAUGGAGAAAGAUGCGGGAAGCCAAGUGAAUGAGCUUUGGGGCAAGGAAUAUUCAACCCACGUUGGGAUAGACCAAUCCUAGCUUUCUGUCAAGACUAAACGGGACUGAAACUACCGCUUGGUUCACAAGACAAUACCAUAAUAAUCCAUAAGCUCUUGGGGUUGAGCAUUAUGGCUAACCAGACCCCUAUAGUUUCUUCAACAAAGCAUAAUGAAAAGUUCUAGCAUAGCAAGAUGGAUGAACCCGGCCAGGGAAACGGAUCAUUGACCAGGAUCUAGUGUUGGGAGAGGAAUGUCCCAUGUUGGAGAUGAUACAGGAAGAUACAGAAAUAAAACUGCAAAAUCACACGCAGCUUUACAUCUUGAGCCUGGGUCGGACAAGAGAUGCAGCAGAAAUCCUGACCUAGUGCCUGGAGGCCAUGAGGGGCUGGCUGGGGUGAGACGGACUAUGAAUAAACCCCAACAAAAUGGUUCAGGAGCCUUCUGGUGCCAUGGAUGUUACAACCAUAACCCUUGAGCACUUCUCCGAAGUAGGUGAUGAACAAUUUGGGGGCUCCUCUGGACUCGUGGCUUCUGCUGAACCAUGUGGACUCUGUGGCUGGAACGGCCUGUGGCCAGCUUGGCAGGUUUACCUCUUGUGCCUUUCCCCGAACCGGGAGGCACUGAAGACAGUAACUCGGGCUUUGUCAGCUCAGACUACUGCAGUUCGCUUUGCAAGGAGCUACCCUUGAAGACUACCCAGAAGCUACAACUGGCACAUAACACAGGGGUCUACUUGCUGACCAACACUAGCUGGCUUGGGAGAAUAACAUGUUCUGCAGGAGCUGUUGUACAAUUGAAAGUGCUGGCAAUCCAGCCGUGUACAGCUUGGCCCUUCUUAUGCUUGAGACCAUUUUCAUGUAGAAUCUGCUGACCUACGUGAUCAGAUAGGAAGAAAAUACUCCAGGGACCAACCCUGCAAGAAAUCCAGGCUGGUGGGGGGUUGGGCUAGGACCUUGGGGUUGACUUUCUCAGAAGUAGCUCCCCCCGGAACAACAUGUUCCUGCCUUGAUGAUGUUUUAGAGCAGCGUUUCUCAACCUCAGCAGCUUUAAGAUGGGUGGACUUCAACUCCCAGAAUUCCCCAGCCAGCAUUCUGGGACUUGAAGUCCACCCGUUUUAAAGUUGGUGAGGUUGGGAAACACUUUUAGAAGAAGGGGCAAAUUAUCCUUUUUAAGACAGCUUUUCAAUUCAUGUGAUGGUGGCUACAGCUUUUUAUAGUUUUUUAAUUGCUUGGCUUAUUAAUUUUUUAGAUGCAUUUUGCAAUGUUAUUAAUGUUUUGUCUCAUCUGUUGUAAGCCACCUAGAGGAACUGAUGUCAUCUUGGUUUUGGUAAAUAAAUGAAAAUACUGCCAGGGGGCUUUUUUACAAAUCA